CGCACCACCGUGCAGCUCAAGUUUUGACAGCGUUGUUCAUCAGGCAGAGAUGCCGGCUGUGGGAUUCAUGAGGACGGUUGUGCUUUGCGCCCUGAUGGUGCAAAACAGCCGCGCUGAGCCUCCCGUGCAUGACCCGAAUCCCGUGCCCGAAUCGUCCCUGCUCAAGCCCAAAGUUAUGAUCGCGAUUCUGGCUCGGAACGCAGCUUACAGCCUGCCUUACUACCUGGGUUGCAUCGACAGACUGGACUACCCGAAGGACCGGAUUGCUAUAUGGGCUGCAGCAGACCAUAAUGUGGAUAACACCACAGCCAUGUUGAGGCAAUGGCUGAAGAACAGGCAGAACAGCUACCACUACGUGGAGUGGAGGCCAACGGAGGAGCCAAGUUCGUACACAGAUGAGUGGGGGCCGAAACAUUGGGCUCCAUCUCGAUUCAACCAUCUGAUGAAGCUCAGACAGGCAGCGCUGAAGACCGCACGAGAGCGUUGGGCUGAUUUUAUACUGUUUGUUGAUAGUGAUAAUCUCCUGACCAACCCACGGGUGUUGAAUCUAUUGAUGGCUGAGAAUCUCACACUGGUGGCACCCAUGCUGGACUCCCGAUCUCUCUACUCAAACUUCUGGUGUGGCAUCACGCCUCAGGGAUAUUACAAGCGGACGCCAGACUACCAACCUAUACGUGAGUGGAAGCGUUUAGGCUGUUACUCUGUUCCCAUGGUGCAUUCCACCUUCCUAUUGGAUCUGAGACGGAGCUCCACACUGGAACUGGCCUUCUACCCACCUCACCCCGACUACAGCUGGGCAUUUGAUGACAUCAUGGUCUUUGCCUUCUCAGCUCGACAAGCCGGUGUACAGAUGUAUGUGUGUAACAAAGAGCAUUACGGUUUCCUGCCUGUACCUCUGAAAGCUCAGCAAAGUGUGGAGGACGAGGAGGAGAGUUUCACACACACCAUCACUGAAGCCCAUAUUGAUCAUAACAUCAAGCCCUCCGAGUUCCUUUUCACUCCAGCCAAAGCUCAGGACAAGAUGGGCUUUGAUGAGAUCUUUCUGAUCAAUCUGAAGCGGAGGAUGGACAGAAGGGACCGGAUGUUGAACUCUAUGGCAGUUCUGGGUCUUGAGGCCACACUGGUUGAAGCUGUAGAUGGAAAGGCUCUGAAUACAUCUCAGCUACAGGCUCUUGGUAUUGAGAUGCUGCCGGGGUAUAAAGAUCCAUACUCUGGCAGGGUGUUGACACGUGGAGAGAUCGGCUGUUUCCUUAGCCAUCACUUCACCUGGAAACAGGUGAUGGAGAGCGGCUUACAGCAUGCACUGGUGUUGGAGGACGAUGUGAGGUUUGAGCCUCGAUUUAAGAAAAGGUUACAGAUCAUCAUGAAGGAUGUUGAAAAGGCUCAUCUGGACUGGGACCUCAUCUAUGUGGGCCGUAAGCGGAUGCAGGUAGCACAGCCAGAGGUGUCUGUGGAGGGCGUGAAUAAUCUUGUCGAGGCAGAUUACUCAUACUGGACUCUAGGUUAUGCUAUUUCGCAGCAAGGGGCCAGAAAACUCCUAGCUGCUCAGCCGCUAGGCAAGAUGCUCCCUGUGGAUGAGUACCUGCCAGUCAUGUUCAACAAACACCCAAAUGUGGAGUUCAUGUCUCACUUUGAUCCCAGGGAUCUACGGGCUUUCUCUGUCGAGCCAUUGCUUUUGUACCCGACGCACUAUACAGGCCAGCCAGGUUACUUCAGCGACACCGAGACCUCCACUAUUUGGGAUAAUGACACGGUCAACACAGACUGGGACAAGCGAUAUGUCCAAAAAACCUCCCAGCAGGGACAAAUAGAUCUUGUCGCCCAGAACAGCGUAACCGGGGACAUACCACCACCCGCAUCCCGAGCCUCUCGAGAUGAGCUCUGAGGCAACAGAACAUACACUCUCAAACAACAUCACAGACUCACUCACAGACUGGUUACUCCUCAAUGUCCAGCAUUCCUCGCCUUUUUGGCGAAACAUCAGCCAAUAGCAUGACAGCUGGCUGGGAUGCUUGAACACCAUCGGCUGGCUGGUUGAGAUUGGACAGUCUGUGAACGGACGGACACAAAAACACACAAGCUCCUUUAUGAAUCCACUUUAUUUAUUUCAUCAUACCUUCCAAAAACAUUUAUGGGCAGAACUGUCCCUGGUGGAUAUUUAAAAAGUCUUGAAAGAUGAACAAGGCUUUCUAUGAGGACAACACAGCCUCUCUCAUUUGGACAAUGACACACACAGACAUGGGAGUUAGAUUUGGGUUUUGCAUUGCAAGAACAAGGAUUAUGCAGAAGAAUUUUGAUUUUACAAUACUUUUUCUAUAAGUCUUUAAAACAUUUCCAAACCAAGAAUGCCAUGAGGAUGACAAAACAUCAAACCAUUGACUUUUAUGUAAACUACUGUAGCAAGUUUUUGAUUUAUUUUACAAUCAUCUAGAAAUCUGGUUUAUAAUAUUUUGCACAACACAUGUCUAUGUCUAACAUAACAUUGUCUUCCUGCAGAGACCUCAAUAAUUAUUUCCAGAAUUUUCCAGGAGACUGACGUAGUUUGUACGAGUGUUUAACUUCUACUGUGCUAUGUCAUCAUUUGAAACGGGAUUCAAUCACUCUCAUUUCUUUCACUCGGCAGGCUGGCUCCUGUUUUCUAACUGUAGAUUGCAUUGCCUUGUUUAAGUACUGGAGAUGUCAUGGUGCUGGUGGUGGGCUGAUUCAAUAAAACUGGACAAUCAGUUAAACACGACUCUGGACGUAAGCUGGGCAGAAUUUUUCAAUGCCAGUAUAAGCCAACCAAUAACUGGAUACUCAUUCUACUGUAAAUCAAGUAGAUUACACAUUUUCUGGCUUUCUGUGCUGAUCCCUCACUCUUUCAAAGCAGAAAGAAUGCAUGUGAACACACUAAGUUAUGAAUAUUAAAAACAUUCAUUGUUACAGAAUAUGCUGCCAACAAUAAAUAUGUUGAUGGCUAGAGAGUAAAUAUGAAAUGUUUAUGGAAAACAACUUAACCAAGAUGCUUAAACAUUAAAUAUACAAUAUUG